AUGAAUUCACCCGACACCUCCGAAGGAUUUGUGGAAGCGACCACCAAUGUCAUCUUGCCUUCGAACAUGAUGCCUUCAACCAAGGUACCAUUCUCCAGCAAGCAUGUCCUGAUUCGUGUCGCCAUAGCAAUAGCCACCGCCACAGGCCGUCGCCAUAGACAUACUCCCGCAGCCGGCGCAAUGGACUUAGACUUGUCGACUGAGGAUCCCAGCGCACCAGCAGUGAACCAGAACUCAGAACAUUCAAGUCAAGCCAUUACAAACACCACGGCCAACAUCAACAGCGACACCACGACCACCGCCACCGCCGCCGCCGCCGCUGCCGCCUCCACCGCCUCCACCGCCUCCACCUCUGGGACGUCAAGACCGCGCAAGACCUCGCACAGCUUGUCGUCUGCGGCCGGCCUCCAUCCCCAGGCCACCAGAAAGAGCCGAUAUGCGGAGCCAGGCACAACAGAUACCCAUGCAGAUCGUGCUAAUAUUUCUAUGCCCCCGCCCCAACGCAGGCCCUCAGUAGCUAAAUCCAGAACGUCUUCUACAUACAGUCAGCGUAGCUCUGUGCCAGAUCUGCGACCGGGCUUGAUCGGAGUAGGCAGGAGAAGGAGCAGGGACGAUUGUGCCGUGGAAGACUUCGACACGCCGAGAUUAUCACCGGGAAACAUGGCGGACGAGACCAAACAUUCCCAGCUGCCCGACCCGGCCCUUCGGCCGAGGCCUUCCAUGCCGGAAGUAGAUCAGAAGCGAAUGUCCGUGUCGUCUAUGUACUCGCUGAGUUCUGCGAGAGCAGGAGGAGUGCCGAGCUCGGUCACGUCUGCUAACGGAUCAGAGCAAGGAGCGGCCAUUGGGACGAGAUCAGCCUCUGGCACGCUUUCGCCAAGCAUGAAAGGGUCGCAGGCUGAGAUUGGAACCUCUGCGGUCUCCGUUACUACCUCUUCGACAAGCCAAUAUGGAAGUCAGGGUCAUGCAGGACACCAACUUACACCACGGGAAACGCCCCACAAUGCCACUGAGAUUGCGAAGCGUAAUGCUCUCCAACGAGGAGAAACCGGUCCCAGAACCCAGCCACCAGGAAGAUCCCGAAGCCGGGCCAAGAGACGGCUCAGCGGAAGCACAGGCGCGAGCAGUCACAGUCCAAGUAGCGAGAGGGGACUUGCAAAGCAUGAAGAGAAGGCCGCACCAAUUGGUAUCAUCGGUGUGUGUGCCUUGGAUGUCAAGGCUAGAAGCAAGCCCAGUCGGAACAUCCUCAAUCGAUUGAUCUCCAAGGGAGAGUUUGAAGUAAUUGUGUUUGGAGACAAGGUCAUCUUGGAUGAGGACGUAGAGAACUGGCCUGUCUGCGAUUUCCUCAUUUCCUUCUACUCUGAUGGGUUUCCAUUGGACAAGGCAAUCGCCUAUGUCAAAGCCCGCAAGCCAUUCUGUGUUAAUGAUGUGCCAAUGCAGAAAAUUCUAUGGGACCGUCGAAUUUGCUUGAUGAUACUGGACAAGAUCGACGUGCCAACCCCUAAGCGAAUCGAAGUCAACCGCGACGGUGGACCAAGCAUUCUCACUGCAGAAAUGGCCCAGCACUUGAAGGAGACGACGGGGGUUGUGCUGGAAGGACCGGCUGAUGGCACCGGCGGACAAUGUAAAGCUCCCAAGAAGGUUGAACUCCUCGAUGAUGGUGAUACUUUGAGUGUCGAUGGAGAACUGUUGUCGAAACCAUUCGUCGAGAAGCCUAUCAGCGGAGAGGACCACAAUAUAUGCAUCUACUUUCCCAAAAGUCAAGGAGGAGGAGCUAGGAAGCUGUUCCGUAAGAUUGGUAACAAGAGCUCGGAGUGGGUCGAGGAUAUGAACAUCCCACGAGCGAUCUUGGAACCUCAUAGCAGUUAUGUCUACGAGAAGUUCAUGAAGGUCGACAAUGCCGAGGAUGUCAAAGCAUAUACUGUUGGACCAUCGUACUGUCAUGCAGAAACGCGAAAGUCGCCAGUCGUAGAUGGUUUAGUCAGACGCAACACCCACGGCAAGGAAAUUCGAUACAUCACGGCUCUAUCGAAAGUGGAGACAGCAAUAGCUGGUCGAAUUGCUACAAGCUUCGGUCAACGAGUCUGUGGUUUCGAUCUUCUCCGUGCCGAAGGAAAGAGUUUUGUCAUUGACGUCAAUGGCUGGAGUUUUGUCAAGGACAACGAUGAGUAUUACGAGCAAUGCGCAAGAAUUCUCAAGGACAUGUUUAUCAAGGAUAAGCAAAGACAAAUGGGUAUCUCAGUUCCUAUAUCACCCCCGCCAGAUGUUGUCUUCAACCCCAUCACACGGAGGGAUACUGGUGACAAGACUCAUCGGACCACAUUGCAACAGAUAAUUGACAAGUCACCCAGCAUGUCGAAGCUCCACGCGCAUGCGCAUCCACAUCACAAGAAAACGGCAUCACCAGAGGCAUCGGCUGCGACAACACCGAGAACAUCUCCUCCGGGAGCUGAUCGAGGCGUUCAGUUGCCAGCAAUCCCUCCACAGCCUCUGUUACCACCACCUGUUCUGGGUCAACAACCUACCAGCAGCGGCCCAUCGACUGCCCCUUCGACCGUCCCAUCAACACCAACACAUGCCGCCAGCGUGACGAACAGCGAGAUGGCUCCUCCGCCACCACCUGCUCCAAAGCAUACUUGGAAGUUGAAGGGGAUGGUCUCAGUCAUUCGCCACGCCGACAGAACACCGAAGCAGAAGUAUAAAUUCACUUUCCAUACAAGACCAUUCAUUGAGCUACUCAAGGGCCAUCAAGAAGAGGUCCUCCUCAUAGGAGAAGCUGCCUUGGGUAGUGUCGCUAUUGCGGUCGAAGAGGCAUUGGAGGAAGGCGUCGAAGACCGUGAAAAGCUUCGCACUUUGAAGAAUGUGCUAGCCAAGAAAGGUGGAUGGGCUGGAACGAAGGUUCAAAUCAAGCCGAUGUUCAGGAAGCGAAAGCUAGAAGAACUUUUGGUAACUACUCUGGGACCUGUCAAUGAGCCAGAGAUGGGGGUUUCGGAGGUACCGAAGGAUGGCAAAGUACAGCAGACCGAUGAGAACGAUGAUGCAGGGGGCGAUGGGGCGAGGCCCAUAGGAAUGUCACCGACACGACAGGACUCCCUGUCCGGCAUCACCCUAUCACGAAUUACCGCUGCAGAGAAUAGUCUCAUCCUAGACAAGCUUCAACUCAUUGUAAAAUGGGGAGGAGAACCCACUCAUUCCGCCAGAUACCAAUCCCAUGAGCUUGGGGAGAAUAUGCGCAACGAUUUGAUGUUGAUGAACAAGGAGGUUCUGGAUGAGGUUCAUGUUUUCAGCAGCUCCGAGCGACGUGUCACUACGAGUGCGCAGAUCUGGGCAUCGGCAUUUACCAAUCAGAAGGAGCUUCCCGCGGAUUUCAUCACUGUUCGGAAAGAUCUUCUCGACGAUUCUAAUGCUGCUAAAGAUGAGAUGGAUAAGGUCAAGAAGAAGCUGAAGGGUCUUCUCCGCCAAGGAAACGAAGCUCCGCCGCAAUUUGCAUGGCCGCCUAACAUGCCAGAGCCAUCGAUCGUUCAAAGAUAUGUGGUUCAGCUGAUGAAGUUUCAUCGGAGGGUCAUGCGUGCCAAUUAUAGCAAGCUGUACGGCGGGGCCUCGUCCUCGCUCAAUGCAAUCGCCCAUCCGGGUGACAAGGAGAAGGAGAAGCCGGAAUCAAGUUGCAAUGCCACGUCCCAAGCUACGGCAACCACCAAUAUCCAAUCUCGUUGGUGCUGCGGUGAGGAUGCUGAUCUCUUCAAGGAACGAUGGGAGAAGCUUUUCAGCGAAUUCUGCGAUGCUGAUAAGGUUGACCCGAGCAAGAUAUCCGAGCUUUACGACACGAUGAAGUUUGAUGCCCUUCACAACCGUCAAUUCCUGGAGUGGGUAUUCACCCCAAGCAAAACUAUUAUUGCCGAAGAAGAGGAAGCCAUCCUUGCCGAAUCCAAGGGCAUCGAGAAGGAGAAAGCCCAGCCUAGAGAGCCCGAAGAGGCUAUUGAAAGCCAAACGCUGCCGUUUGACAAGUCCGAGAGCAGCAAGAGUCUUCACAGACGCAUGUUCAGACGGCGCUCUGUCAUGACAGGUACUGGAAGCAAGAGCUCCGCCGAAGAAACACCCGAGCAAUAUUUCCGACUCUUCACAGGAAACAGCCAGACCAAGGCGAAGACAGACGUCAGGCUUGAGAAGCUGCGGGAGUUGUACAAGAUGGCCAAAGUCCUCUUCGACUACAUUUGCCCCCAAGAGUACGGAAUGACGGAUGCCGAGAAGCUUGAAAUCGGCCUUCUAACCUCACUCCCAUUACUCAAGGAAAUCGUGCAAGAUCUCGAAGAAAUGCAGGCCUCGGAUGACGCAAAAUCCUUCAUCUAUUUCACCAAAGAGUCGCACAUCUACACAUUGCUUAAUUGCAUCCUCGAAGGCGGCAUCACCACCAAGAUAAAACGCAGCGCCAUCCCCGAGCUUGACUACCUCUCCCAACUGUGCUUCGAGCUGUACGAAAGUGAGAAUAAGACGCCGGAUGGGGUGCAGGAUGUGGCGAAGUAUGCGUACUCGAUUCGAAUUACGAUUAGUCCGGGCUGUCAUACUUUUGAUCCGCUGGAUGUACAGUUGGAUAGUAAGCAUUGUAUCAGCUGUGCGCCGCGGCGGAGCUUGACGAGUCACAUGGAUUGGAAGGAGGUUAUCGAGACGCUCAGAGCCAAAUUCCAUCAAGUCAAACUUCCCAAGUCUUUCCUAGCAGUCAACCUCAGCGAGUCUCACACCUUCCACAAAAAAGAAGAUAGUGAAACCGCAGCUCCAAGUACAAGGAUUGAUACUUCCGACUCCCACCCUGCGACCGAAUCACCAGCUCAAAUUCCACAGGAAGGAGAUGUGGUAGCGAGUAAGCUAGCAAUCUCGAGUCUCGAUACAAUCCCAGCAAAUAGCGCAAAUACUCCUAGCAGUCUUGAUACGUUGCCGAGACUUCCACACCCAGAAGAGGCCUCGAGGAAUGGGUAG